CAAUGUUUUUGUUGGUGGAGUUUUGGGCUUUUUGGUUUUCCAGCUACACUGGAAUUGCAAUGAUUAUGUGCUGGUUUGUUGCACAUCGUUAACCAUGCAAAUAAAUUCGAUGAUAACAAAACUGCCGAAAAUAUGCAGCACUUUCGAACCGUCAUCUGAUAUUUGAAUAAAACCGAUUCAAAUAGUUGAGUCAAUGCGUUUCCCGCAUUGAGAUGAUUCAAUCCCACCCUCCACUCUACCUCGUGACAAUCGAGAAUAAUCUCCAAUCAAUGGCUCUUCAUUUCAUUAUUCUCGAUAGAAACCCGUUUUCACUUUGCAUAAUUACAAACAAGCGGAACGCUCAUGCCACACUGCUCUAUGCACUUGAAAAUGGCGAUGCUUUCAAAUUACAAACAUUCUCUCAUUAAUUUGUCGUGUGCGGAUUCCUGGAAAUUUCACUCUGUCUUUGUCCCUAAUUCUCUUUCUCUCGUUCUCCCCGCGUUCUAGCCACGUUGGCUGUGCACUUUAUGAGCCGAAACCAUCGUUUUUGCCAUUUUGCUACGUUCUUUAUUUUGCAUAUUGUCUGCCGAACAAAAGGAUUAGUGGCUCACUGUUGUGAAGCUAUUUUCAUCAUUAAUUUGCUGCUUUUGAGAAAGGAUAUCGCCUGUUUCACUCUCAGCCAGUCUUAAUGGAAAGGAAUGCCAAGCAAGGCACACACAGAGAGAGAACGUGAAUGUACCGAGAAAUUAUGUAAUUUGUUUGCCCAUUUUGUGGCAUAAAGCAUUUCUUCUUGUGGCUCAACCGAAUGCACAAUGCUUUGAAAUGUCGGUAAGUCGAAAAUUAUGCACUUGCAAAAACAAUGGCCAAAACCAUGAUUUCUCAUCCAAAAAUGGAUCGCAAUGCACAGGCACACACACACACACAUUUCUCUCUUCUGGCGGCCGCCAGCAAUCAAAUGCAGUUAUGCAUGAAAAGAAACAUGCUGGUGAAAUAUGAAAAUGGAAUUUAAAACCGAAAAAUAUGCAAAACAUACCGUAUAUUAUUGUAUUUUGCAAUGAGUAUGGCAACAGUAACGUUUGAAUGAUUUGCAGUCAUUUGUUAAAUUGCGUGUUCAAAAUGUAUGGAUAUAAACAGUAGUAGCCUGUGUACAGAAAAAACGAAUAUUUUAAAUGCAAAUGAAUGAUAUUCGGCAUGGGAUUUUUAUCAGACUCAUUUGGUCACGCAAUCGGAAUGCCAAAUUUUGUAAUUUUCUCUAUCUCCCUCGAUUGGAUUCUCUAUAUAUAGAGGAAGUGAUAUUGCGAUUCAGAACUUGAGCUACCGAAUUUUAAUCGCUUGACCGAGGAAACAAUGAAUUGAUUAUUCAUUCAUUCAAAGUGCUUUUCACGGCUUUUAUCACAUCAUCAUUGCUCGACGUCGUCAUACUUAUUUUAAACAGGAAUCCAUGACCUAUGAUUGUUCAGCAAAGCGAAUAAUUUCAUCAUCUUCGACUUUUUAAUUCUGAAUUGAUAUCGAAAUCAAAUUGACGAUGAAUGUGCACAAUUUAUUCACCAGGAUUGGUUUUUUUCUUGUUCACUCGCCAAUUUAUUUCUCGUAAUCACAAAUAAUCGCCUGUACCUCUUAACGUAUCGAAUCUAAACACCGCACAAAAUCGGCAGGUGUACACAUAGUUUUGUUUUUGUCGAUUACGACAAGCCUUUUAUUGAUUCCAUCAUCAAGGUCAUUAUUUCGCGUCAUGCACAAAUUGCCCGAUCCAUCCAUUUGAUUGUGACCCAACGUGAGCAACGUACGAUUUAUCUAGCCUCUAAUGAUGAUAACGCUAAUCGUAAUGAUGAUGAAGAUAGGAAUGCGUUUGCUCAAGAUUCACACAGAACGUCGUGUGCAUGGUCAUCAAUAUGCUCAUUGCUCAAACACCUCAACAUGAAAUGCUUAAAAAUGCGCACGAACACAAAACCCAAUGAAUAAAAUCGUAGCGCUUUUUUUUCUUGUUCGUAUCUUUAUAUCCGCAUGAUUUGAAUAACAAUAAGUAUCGAUGUAAAAAUAAAAUUUGUUCAUAAUUUUCUUCGCCCCACCCCAACUUCGCGGAUCGAACAAGCGGCAUCGAUGAACGGUGUUCGUUUCAUGCUGUGAUCUGCGUGUCGUGAAUCUUCUUUCGCUUUCGAUUAAUUGAAUAUUGAUGAAAAUGACGAAGAAAUACAUUGUUAAACCGCGAUUAGAGAGUUCGGCAUGUUCGGCUGCUCGUCGAUACUGGCUGUACAAAUGUUUUGUGUUGCGAAUGCUUGCUUCGUCUUCUUCUUCCUUUUUUCACGUAAAUACCUCCUAAUUACAAUAUUUAUGUUAGCGGCGAGCAGCGAGUGCGGACAACACACAGACUUAGUCUUGAACUGUGUACGCUUGUGAUCAGAAGAUAUAGAAAAAUACGGUGAGGCACUGGUGUGUCUGUGCAUGACUGUUGCACGAUUGUAUCUCUAUCUCGUGCACACCGGGUUCUUCGAUUAAGUUGCUGUUUGUGAGUCGUCGCGUACACAUCUCGUGCACAUUGUUCCGCUCUAUCGGUCAAUUCAUCGUCAAUUCGUGAAACAAACUGACAAAUGUAAAAAAAAACAUUCGAUAAUUUCGUAUGAAUCAUUUUUUUUUGACGUGAUACCACAAAACCUAUUGAUAUAUCACAAUUUUAUCCGUGAAAAAUCGUGCUCAUUUGUAGUAGGCACUUCGAAAAAAAAAAACAAAAGUGACAGUGAACAAAAGAAUCAAAGUCAAUUAUUGCAUGUUUUGACAUGUGUGUUUCAUUGAAUAUAUCGUGAUGUUGAAUCCAAGGAAAUUGUAUGCAGUAGUUUUAUGUCUUAUUUGAACCGAACGCAUCAUCAUCUUGUUCAUAUCAAUUGAUGGUAUUGACAGCUGAUUUUCAUCAAUAUUAAGAGACUUAAAACACGUUGGAGUUUGCAUUUCGAUAACAAAGGAAGCACGAAAAGAAGACGCUAAAAAUAGCAAAAGCACACAGAGUGUGUGUGUGAAGCAGCCAAAACAAAACAGACAGAAACAACACAAAAAUGCCGAAUUCAAAGUCAAUAUUAAAAAUACUGUUUGCGCUGGGCGUGUGGUCGUUCGUUGUCAUCGGUUUGUUUAAGAUCCAUAGCAAUAACAUUGUCUUAGAAGAUUAUCCACAAGCGCCGAUGAGCGGUCGACUGCUACUACAGAAAGAUUCCAAAUUCAAUUUUGAAGCCACAUCAACGACAACCGAUCGCGUUUUACCAUUAGAUGUGCUAAUCGAUAGUCGACAAGGUAUCGACGACGAAUCACUGGUGCGUGAUGUGGAGAAUCGCAUUCCAUCGUUGCCGAUCACAUACUGGAGCAAAUACAAGAAUUUUUCGCAGAAAAAGGCGUCAACCUGUGCCAAAUACCCGUCAAUAUUUGAAUUAGAAUUCAAUAACAUUUACUGGCAAACAUUGCGAACGACAAACGGAACGUUUCAAUUGUUCGGCGCCUACUAUGAUAUUCGAAAGAAUUCACGCAUUGGCCCGGCCGUACGUAUACUCGGCAUGAUUGAUCGCAUCGAACCGAAAGUGAAAACAUUUUGUCAAUUCUGGUUCGAUGGCCAAAAGGAGCCAUUCAUCGUAAAAACAUUUGAAUACAAGUACAUUUGGUACAAUAAAUGGGGAAACUAUAAGCAAGGCAUUUACUCACCAUAUUUGAUUGCAUGUCAAAUACCGAAGCCAUUCCAUGGCAUCGUUCCGGCUUCCGUGUCCAUUGUGGAAAAGGAAUGCGAUACAGCUACCAAUAAUCUACGUGUGAUUUACAAUCGGCCGCCCGAUGAUAAGAAGAAAGGAUUUGCGGUGUGUGUGAAAGGUUUAGACUUCCUAUACGAUGAUUUGUCGGUGCGGCUCGUCGAAUGGAUUGAAAUGCUAAACAUAUUGGGUGCGGAGAAAAUCUACUUCUAUGAAUUGCAAGUGCAUCCGAACAUUUCAAAAGUGUUGAAACACUAUGAACGUGAGGGAAAAGUACAAGUGACACCGCUCACACUGUCUGGCGGCCAACCAAACGUACCCGGGUUUCAGCAUUUGUAUUUGACAAAGAAAACGAAUCACAAGCGACAAAAUGAAAUUAUCCCGUAUAAUGAUUGUCUGUACAAGAAUAUGUACAUGUACGAUUUCCUUGCACUGCUCGACAUUGACGAGGUGAUUAUGCCGAAAGAAGAUAUGACAUGGGCUGAGCUCAUGGCACGCGUCAAACCAAAAGCAUUGAAAGUAAAAAAUGAAACAUACCCAAGUUAUAAUGUUCGCAAUGUAUACUUCUUAGAUACGCAUCAACAUGAGCACGGUUGGUAUCAUGACAUUCCAAAGUAUCUGCAUAUGCUGCAGCAUGUGUACCGUGCCCAAAAUUUCACCAAACCAAAUCAAUAUGUGAAAUGUUUUCAUAAUCCCGAACGUGUUCUCACAUUGCAUAAUCAUUUUCCAUUGGCUUGCCUGGGCGGUGUGUGCCAAUCGUAUCCAAUAUCAACCGAUGAUGCUCAGCUCCAGCAUUAUCGCGCCGAUUGCGUCAAAACACUCAAGAAAAGUUGUGAUGAAUUCAAAGAGCAUUCGGUACGUGAUAUAACCAUUUGGAAAUUCAAAGAUGAACUAAUCCAACGAUCGGUGAAAACACUAGAAACACUCGGAUUCUUCCGAAAUCCAACGAAAAAUCCAAAUAUCGAACGGUGAUUUUGGGAAUUUUAAUACCAUCACAAACAGCCAUUCCAUUUCGUAAUGGAAUUAACCCAAAACAAAAAAUAAAUGAAGAAAUAGAAGAAAUGCAGCAGCAAAGUCUUAUAAUUUUUUCUAGGCCCAGCACUCAUUUUUGUGAAUUAUUAAAUAACGCAAAUGGAAAUGAUGAUGAUAAUGAUGACAAAACAUUGCUGCCGGAUAUAAAACAAGAGCUUGUGGCUUUUUAGGGAGAAAAAAGAAAGAAAGAUAUUGCCAAGCACUACAAUGAGUCAACCAAAAAACCGUGAUAUUUGUUCGUAUUUUUUAAGUGUAGAAAAAAAAAGAAAUUGUGAAUCUAGCAACAGAUUGUUUUAUUAGUUCGUUUUUGAUCGGCGUGUUGUUGAAUGGAUUGAGCAUGCAUUAUAUGAAUGGUUUGGAGCGAAAAUGUAAUAAAGAAAAGUUGAGCGGAAAAAUGUCGAUGAUGAAUGAGCGGAAAAGGGAUAGCUAUAUAGUAAACUGUAUAGUAAACUAUAGUGAACUAUAUAGCUAUCCCUUUUCAUUUGACAUUUUUCCGCUCAAAUUUUUCUACAUUUUCGCUCCAAACCAUUCAUAUUGGAUGAGAUCGCGCAAUGAAACCGAAACGAAGCAAGCAAAAUAUCAGAAAGAAAAUAAUAAUUUGUUUUUUUUUUCCCAAUGAAUAUGCUACUUUGUAAGUGUGUGUUAUUGUUCAUUUGAAGAAGAGAGGGACAAAAGGGGAGAAAUUGGUUUUUGCGAAUUUAUUCAUAACUUAAUUGAAAGUCAUUGCCUUAUUUAAUGAAGAAUUCAGGAAUUAAAAAAAAAGAACAACUUUUGUUGCAUUCAAGAUGCAAUCUCAGAUGAAGUAACAACAAUAACAACAGGAAUGCAAACGUGUCAAAUCUCAUUUGGAAUGUUGAUUUAGUGUAAAAUGGUGUGAGGAGACAGAAUCGAAAGAAAAAAUUCAAAAAAAAAUUACGAGUUUGUUGACCACAACUGAUUUGUGUCGCAAUUUGUGGCAAAUUUGAAUAUUUAAUGAAAUGAAGAGAUAGAGAGAGAGAGAGAGAAAUCCGAAGAGGUGAUAGUGAAACCAGAAAUCGAUGAUUCGAUCAAAUUGCUUGGUGAAAUGCGAGAUAAUGACAUCAUACACUCUCAAAAUGAAUCAUGCAACUGUGAAUCGAUGAUGAAAAUUCAAGAAAAAAAAAUAAUCCAAGCGAUUUCGAAUUAGCAGCGCGCUCGCGCACACGCAAUCAAUUCACCCAAACAAAGAAACGCAGAGAAAAACGUAGAUUUUAUGUAUUUUCGUAGCGAAUGACUAAUGGUUUCGCGGUCGACAUGCAGCAUAAAACUGAAAUAUUUACGAGAAUGAUGUGAUCACAAUAUUACGCCAUCCUUUUCAAUUUGAGCUUCGUUUAAUAGUCGAAAAAAGAGAAGAAACGAGUCGUAUGAAAUGAAAUAUCCGCAUUAUUUUGCUCGGUGACUCAAAUCAGAUUUUAACGGCGAUAAUUGCGGUGUGCAUGUGUGUGUGACAAUUGAGUUUCAACAUUUCACUUUCAUUUGAAUGUCAAUUUCGACAUUCUUAUUCGACGCUGCCGCAAAAUCGAUGACGGCGGUGGCGACGCAAUCAAUCACAUGGGCAUAGGCAGAGUCUUAACCAACAGCACAAUUGCUGUUUCGAUUGCAUUGAAAGUGAAGAUGAAACAGCGAAAUGGUUUACAUCCAUAAAUUAUCUCGACGCAGAUUUCACUAUUCAUGAGCGAAACAACGAAAAAAAAAACGUAAAUACAGAGAAAAAAGAAGAACAUUACCCGCGCUGAAUAUGCAAUUUCAUUUUGUGCAAUCUCGUGUGCGCCGUCGCGCAUACAUUGUCAGAUUGAUAAGUAAAAGUGGUGAAAAAAAUUCAAUAAAAAUCGCACACAUAAAAACGGCAGCACACAGAGCACACAGCAAGCAUUGUAAUAGCAUCAUCGAUGCCAAGGAUACAUAUACUUUUUGAAUGAUGAAGAUGUUCCACUCAAUCAUCCGCUUUUUUUCUCUCGUUUUGUUUUCUUUGUAAAAUCCCAUAAUUUCGAGCAUGCGAUCAAUGGCAAUCGAAAAGAUAAAACUAUUUCGCAAUAGAAUAAAGCCCAUUUAACGAGAUAGGUAGCAAGAGCAGCAAAUGGCAUAAGUGUUGAAAAUUGUGUUAAAUAAACGUAUUUAUUAAAAUGAGCAAAAUGAAGAGAGGCGAAAACAGAAGAACAGAAACGAAACAACAAAUAAAUGAAAACAAAUAUUAUUUAUAUAUUUUAUAUGUAAAUUAUGAAGACUGAACCAAUUAAGUUACAUUAUAAUUAACACACGAAAGAAGAAGCAAACACAUUGAAAAUGAAAGAGAAUGAAUAAAAAAACCCUUCAGAAAGCCAGACAAACGUUAGGAUUUACAUGUGUAACAUGCACGAUUGCAGCACACAGCAGCUCGCUUAUCGAACAUGCAAACCGUGUGUAAUUGAUGUGUGACUGCGAUUGUUCGGGAUUCCAGCCAACAACAACUAAAUAAACUAUAUUCACGCUCCAUUAACCGAAACGAUAGAAUAAAAUAUGUACCAUUUUUUUAAAAAAGAAACAAUGAUCACGCGCUCAAGUGUUGAAAUGUAUCUCAUCGUUUUGUAUCCAGUCACCAAUUUGUGCGAAAAAUUUAACACGAAACAGUGAAAGAAUGACGAGAGAGAAAAGAAUAGAAGAAGAGCAUUCAUUAAACAGAAUAGUAGCGCGUAUCAAGUGAAUCAAUAUAAAAUAGUCUAGAUGCAUCGCUAAUAAUCUCUCCUAUUAAAUAACAAACUAUACGAUUUGUACAUAGACUCAGAUAGUUUCUUCUUGUCGUUAUUAGGAAUAAAUAGGCAGAUAAAUCAAUUUCCAACAAACACACAAACACGUCAAAUGGGCCAAGCAAAUUUUUUAAUCAACAUAUUCAAAUGAUGAUGAAAUCACAACCAUUCGCAUCAUUGCUAUUAUCGGAAUAAAUGCUUUUUAUGAUAAUAUCCCAACCAAUUUUAAAUUCACACAGUAAAAAUUGUAUAUGUGUAUGAGAAUAGCAAUAGCCAACAACCAAUCGAACUGAAACGAACUGAAUCGAUUUUGUCGCAGCUAAUAAAAUUGAAUAAAAUAUCGAAUUGUUCGUUAUAAUGUGAGAGACACGUUUAUAAAUUGUUUGUUCUGUUGUUGUUGUUGUUUUUUUUUAAAUCGAAUAAUACACACAGACAGAAGUGAGAGAAAGAAUGUGAAAUAGAAAUAAACAAACAUAUGCCCAUUUGCUUAGGCUAAUUUAGAGUGCAUACACGAGAGAAUAAUACAUAAUAGAUAACAUCAUUUGAAUGCAUAGAGAGAUAAAACACAACUAUUUGUUAAAUUUAACAGUUGAGCUAAAAUAAAAAUAACAACAACAAAAAAUCAUAAUACACGAUCAAGUGAGAGAGAGACGAUAUGGAAAAUUUAUCGAAAACUGUUUCUGUUUUGUAAUUAGGUUUUAUGGAUCUAAUAAUAAUUAUUGCCAAUAAAACAGUCAUAAUUUUAUUUUUAAUUGAAA